AAUUAUCCAUUUUUGAUAUUCCUAUAAAUUUCUAUUUCUUUAUUAACAUUUUUUAGUUUUUCUAAUGAAAUGCGAUUGAAAAUUAUUGUCAGUAGAUAUACUUUCAUGGUAUAGUAACAAAUUUGUUAAUAUAUCAUUAAUAUACUCCUAUUGAUUUUAUUUAUAAAAUAUCAUAAUCUAUCGACUCUAUAAACAACCCUUUAUCAACGUCAUGCCAAAUUGCUAAUGCCAAUUGUGCAAAUGUCAAUAAAGCGGGACUUUUACAUUUUCCUCUUUUCCGGCGUAUCUUAUCAUCAAUUUAAAUAUUUCAAUCAAGUUAAUUUAAUUAUUUAAUAUAACUUAUCGAAGUCAAAACAAUAUCAUGGCACGAAGGUACCGGGAUGCAGCCGCAAAACUACAUCAAAACGUCCAGAAACACUUAAAGGAAAUGAAAGACGUUUCUUCAUCAGAAGAUGAGGAACCCUUCGAAUCUAGUGUACUGGAAGGAGUGUUCCAAACAUAUUGGAGAGGUGGCGGCGAUACUCAAAUGCUGAAUCGCACUAAGAACAUGCUAGAAGAGGCAAUCAGCGGCCGGUCCGUCACUUGCCUUAUUUGUAUUGGUUCUAUCAAGCGAGCAGACGCUAUCUGGACUUGUGAGGACUGCCACUGCUAUUUUCACCUAUCCUGUAUUCAGAAGUGGUCGAAUGACAGUAUAAGUUUGAGAAGUGAGGAGACCCACGCGCCUAUUACUGUGUUUGUUCCCAAAAAAGUUGAGUGGUGUUGUCCCAAGUGUCGACACUCGUAUAGCAAAGAAGAAAUACCGCGUAAAUACAGAUGUUUCUGUGGCAAAGCUGAUAAUCCACCUCAGCAUCCUUGGUUGAUUCCACAUUCGUGUGGAGAAGUAUGUGGAAAGAGGCUAUCCUUGAGUGACAAUUGUAAACAUAAAUGUCUAUUACUCUGUCACCCUGGACCUUGUCCACCAUGUCCACAAACUGUCAAUGGAGCCUGUUACUGUGAGAAGGAACGUAAGAGAGUUAGGUGUAGUGCAGCAAAAUGGUCCUGUGGCCAACAGUGCAAAAGAAUUCUACUUUGUAAUUCUCACAAAUGUGAAAAUAUCUGCCAUGAAGAUGAAUGCCCUCCAUGUAGCUAUACAAGUGAGCAGCCAUGCCAAUGUGGCCAUGAACGAACAAAAAGGCCAUGCAACAACCCUUUCUGGCAAUGCAAACGGCCUUGUAAUAAACCAUUCUCUUGUGGCUACCACAAAUGCGAAAAAAUAUGCCAUUCUGGUCCCUGUGGGACAUGCCCAAAUUCUGGCUUACGUUCUUGUCCGUGUGGUGCUGACCAACGCUAUGUACAGUGUCCGGAUGUCAUGGAACCUUGUUUAGGUACAUGUAAUAAAAAACAUGAUGAUUGUGAGCACAGUUGCCCUGAGAAAUGCCAUAAAGGCCCAUGUCCUCCAUGUCAGGUUCUGAUACAAAAAAAGUGUCAUUGUAAUGCACACACUCGUUCACUGCCCUGCAGCAAGGACUAUAAGUGUGAUACAAAGUGCCGUGGUACUAGGCCAUGUGGGAAACACACAUGUGGAAGAAAAUGUUGUAAUGGGAACUGCCCUCCAUGUGAAAAAGUAUGUGAUAAACCACUUCAGUGUGGCCGUCAUAAGUGCACUAUGGUUUGCCAUCAUGGUCCAUGCUACCCUUGUCCAAGGGAAUCAAAAAUAACAUGUAGAUGUAAGGAAACCUAUGUUACUGUUCCGUGUGGCAGAGAGAAACAGAUUAAACCACCAAAAUGCCAUUUGCCCUGCAAAUUUAAAUACAAAUGUGGACAUAUAGAUGAAAACAAACACUUUUGCCACUUUGGAGACUGUCCACCUUGUAAAGCAAUUUGUUGUAAAUCUUAUCCGAAUUGCACCCACAACUGUAAGGCAACAUGCCAUGCAUAUGUUGCUGUUGUCUUCAAACAAGUGGAGAAACCUGCAACACCUUGGGAAAUAGAACCACCAAAGACAAAAAUUCUUAACUUAGAUUGUCCACCGUGUGAAACACUGGUCCCUGUUAUAUGCUUUGGUGAGCAUGAAACAGAAGAACAGCCUUGCCAUUCUGCUAAACGCCGUUGCUGUGGUAGAGAAUGUAACCGGCCACUGUCUUGCGGUAAUCACACUUGUGCUUUACUCUGCCACUUGUACUCUCCAAAUCCUGACUAUCCAAAUGUGCCUUAUAGUUGUAAGCCUUGUGAUAGGGAGUGUCUCAUAAGCCGUCCAGAGAAGUGUACACAUAAGUGUGCCAUACGGCAAUGCCACCCAGGCCCAUGCCCACCCUGUGAAGUGCUAGAGCGUGUUCCAUGUAACUGCGGUCUCACUGAACUAUACUUACGUUGCCGAGAGCUCUCUACAGCUACUGAAGUCACAUUGUCAUGUAAACAGCAGUGCCCAAAGAAUUUGGAAUGUGGACAUCGUUGUCGCAACACCUGUCAUGUUGGUAAAUGUUCACAAGCACAGAUUUGCACCAAGAAAACUAAGGUACACUGCGCUUGUGGUAAUUUGAAAAAGGAAUUCCCUUGCAAUAUCGUAAGAAAUGGAGAAGCAAAAGUUCAAUGUGAUGUAUCUUGUGAAGAAAAGAAGGUUGCAGCAAAAUUAGAAGCUGAGAAAGAAGCACGAAGGCUGAAGGAGAUAGAGGAAGAAAGAAACCGCAAGGAACUCGCCGAAUACGAAUGGAAAUUGAGCGGUAAAAAGAAAAAGUAUAAGGAAAAGAAAAUUGUUGCCACCAAAGAUAAUAGAAAUUGGUUGCAAAAGUACUGGGUUCCUAUUUUAUCACUUUUGAUAGCCAUACUGGCAAUAGUAUAUUGCAUUCUUUAUAUGUAAAGUAUAUUAUAAUUCAUAUCCAGUUAUCUAAUCAGGUUUAUACAAUAGUAUGAUAAUUUUAUGUUAAUUAGAAUUGACUUUAUUGUAUAUUUUAAUUUUUGAGAUACUGUUACAUAAUUAGUAAUGUAAUGAAUUACUAUUAUAUAUAUAUAAAAAUUUUGGAACUUAUGAAAUAUGCAAACCCCUAGACCCCAGCGGGUUUACCAUGAAGUGAAAUUCCAAAAUUUCGGACUCAAUUUCGUGUUUUUGUUUAUACCAAAAUCGGACCUAUAAAUGGAGUUUAACAUUUUUUUCAUCAUACAUCCUAUCAUAAAAGUCCAAAGGAACAAUAUUUUAACAUUUUUAAUAUUUCCAAACGGCAUGUAUUAUGUAAUUUUAACAUCAAAUUUCUGUUUCGUUUGGCUCCGAAAUUUCGGAAAACACUUCAUGGUAGGCCCUUAGAUUUUAGAUUAGCACAAACCUAUGUAUUUAUAUAAAAUCAUCAUGUGGCUUUUUCCACUUUUAAAGACUUGAUAAGACAAUUUGGUUGUGUCACACUUAUUAUUUGAUUAUUUAAUUUAUCAGAUAUUUAUUUUUUCUGGGUUGAUAGAUAGAUAUUAAGUACGUAUUAGAUUAUACGUACGAUUUAAUUAGUUACGUAUGCACCAGUGAGUAUGUGAUUUUAUUAAAUGACAUUUUGUUUAUAA